AUGGCUACUCAACAGGCAAUCAUCGUCCAAGGCCCAAAGAAGGCCGCUCUGGUCAACAAUGCGCCCAUUCCCAAACUGCGCGACGACUACAUCCUCGUCAAGACUGUCGCUGUCGCGCUGAAUCCGACUGACUGGAAACACAUCGACUUUAUCCCUUGCACUGGUUCCCUCGUGGGCUGUGACUACUCGGGCAUCGUCGAGGCAGUGGGAAAAGAUGUCAAGAAGUCCUUCCGCAAAGGGGAUCGAGUUGCAGGUCUCGUGCAUGGAUGCAACGCAAGCCAGCACCAGGAUGGGAGCUGUGCAGAGUAUAUCGUCGCCAAGGGGGAUCUGCAGAUCCAUAUCCCCGACGCGAUGAGCUUUGAAGAUGCAGCCACGCUGGGGGUGGGCAUCAGCACUGUGGGACAGAGUCUGUAUCAGACAUUUCAGCUUCCUUUUCCAUUGGAGACGGAGGAUGAUCCGCCAUCAAUCCUUAUCUAUGGAGGAUCAACGGCAACCGGAAGUAUCGCCGUGCAGAUGGCCAAGAUGUCGGGCAUGCAUGUCAUCGCAACAUGCUCGGAGAAGAAUUCCGAUAUGGUCCGUGAACUGGGCGCUGAUGCCGUCUUUGACUAUAACGAUCUCGAAGCGGCAGUCAAGAUCAGGGAGCAUACAGAUGAUGCGCUCGAACUGGCCUUUGACACGGUGUCGAUCGAUUCGAGCUCGCGAUUCUGCGGCGAGGCUCUGUCCAGCCAGGGAGGGUGUUACCAUUCCUUGCUGUACACGACCAGAUGCCCUCGAUCCGAUGUCGAUUCCAGUGUCACCAUGGCGUACACCCUCCCAGGCGAGGCAUACCAAAAGGGCAACACGAAGACGCCAGCCAAGAAGGAGGACUUUGACUUUGGAGUGGAAUGGUGGCAGAGAGUGGAAGGAUUGCUGCAGGAGGGAAGGAUAAUCCCGCAUCCAGUAGCGAAGAAGCCGGGUGGAUUGAAGGGAGUGUUGGACGGACUGCAGAUGAUGCGGCAGGGCAAAGUGAGGGCGCAGAAGUUGGUUACACCGUCAUUCAUUCCUCGUGCUUGUUGCCUUAUCUAUUCAUACCUCAUCUGCUAUGAUAUCAAGAUCCUGUCGACAUUAAUGGAACUGGGCGAUCCCAGCUGGGAAUUCGUCUUUGUCGAUGGCGAACUCGACACUCAUGCUGCACCGGGCAUUGGAUUCUUUGCUCCCCCUCCGUAUCACAGCUACUUGACUUCGUUCAACCCAGACAGCGUCGACAAAGUACACCAAUUCAUCGAAGAAACCAUCGAAGAACAUGGCCACUUUGACGGGGCCAUCGGAUUCAGCCAAGGUGCAUCUUUGAUUCUGUCUUUUCUACUUGAGAAUGCAGCCGCUGGAUCUCCUCUGCCCUUUCAAUUCGCAGUGCUCUUUUCAUCCACGCCUCCUUUUUCAGGGGACGUCAAAUACGCCGAUCACAUCAUCUCUCAAAUGGGCGAGAAGGACCAGGACCAGAUCAGAAACAUCCCCGAUUCAGACCUCUCAAGCCUCUCGCCCCUCGCUCGAGAUGCAUUCACAGCAGCAUCCAAGGUCGUCACCGCCACUGCCUCGAUCACUGAAAUCCCCUACUCGGACUUUUUCGACAAGGACGAUCUGCUCGAUCUCCCCUAUGUCAUCCACCCAGACACCACUGCAGCUCGCCUGCCUAUCCCCGUCGUGCAUAUUUCCGGGAAACAGGAGCCAGCUCUGCUCCGAGAGGUGGCUUCAAUCACACAUCAGUUCUUUGAUAAAAACCUCAGCAAGACCGUCAUCCACACGGGUGGUCACGACAUUCCUCGCUCACCGGGUGAUGUCCAGCGGGUCUUGUCGGCGAUGGAGUGGGCGAUUGAGACGAGCAAAUUGGCUCUAAUGUGA